AUGACAAGGUGGUUUCGCCAAUCCUGGAUUGUUUUGUCGCCGUCAGAUGCGAUUUGCUGCAGAUUGUGCAGUCACCGCUGCUGCCUGGGGCGUGCAUUGUGCUGCCAGCAGGAGCAUGAGGGGAGUGCUAUCCUGUGCGCGAUUUCGCAGGUUCUGAAUGCCAACGUGUGCGUCGAUGACCUGGACCUGGUUCCCAGCUGCCCGGCAGUUUGGGACCCGUCAAACUGCAGAUACUGCGUUUGUGUCAAGCGCAAGGGCCACAAGAAGCAUCUAUUGCUCCGCUGGAAAGGCAUGAAGACGGCCAAAGAGGUGGCGAGAACUGAGAGCACCAAGCUCCCGCUGAAGGGCUGCCCAGUGGCACUGGUUCCACUCUGCAAGUCUGGCUCGGGGACAGACACCAUGCAAGGGCUGCUUGUUGUUGUAUUCGAAAGUGGGAGGUGUGCAUGGCUGCAUCCCAGGUUGGCUAAAAUGCAGGUUGUUGGGAAGAAAACUGAGGAGGAGGAGCGCCGACUUGUGGCGCAAAUCAGCACACAUGGCCAGGAAAUGGCCAUCGCCAUUUGGGAGUCGACUAGGCAGAGGUAUGCUGUAAAAUUUGCUGCUGUGAAGCAGGACAGCAUUUCUGAAAUGGGGAAUCUGGAGCUGCGGCCGCCCAGCAGCAGUGCUGUGCUGUGUGGAAUGUCACACCUGGGCAGCAGGUUGUUUGUUGUUUGGUCGGAUAGCUCUGCGCAAACAUAUGGGCCGUCAAAACACUCUGUGGGUUUGGAGCUGCUGCAAACUCAUCAGCUAAUGGGGUUUGAUUUCACAAGGAUGAAAAGGGGUUCCAGAACAGAGGACCUGCGGACACUCCCACUUGGCGUUUCAGUUUGCAUGGCUAUAGGGGAAAGAGAUUUGCUGGUUGUAGCUGGACCACAGGUCAACUCCCCUGGCCUGAGGUAUAUUGUGUUCGACUCCAAGUUUGCCACUGUGCAAUCGACUGGCACGGUGUGUGAAGACAAGGGCAUGGAGUCUGGCCCUAUUAGGUUGGCUAAUUUGCAGGGGUUGCAGGGGAGAGUUCUGGUAACAGGGAGUGGGAAAGUUGCGGCUGCGACAUUCCCCAUCAAGCCAACUACGUUGGCAAGUCUCGUGGGUUCGCAGUCGCUGCAGCAUGGGAAGAGAAAGAGGCAGGCAAGCGGUGAGGACGAAAUCGAUUCGCAGGCACUGGCAAAGCUGCCUGCCCUUGGGUCCAAUGGGUCGCCUCUGCCGCCUCACACCCUCCUGACACUGCCAAAAUGGGCUAUUCCUCUCACAAGACCGGUGGAGAAUGGGUACACAGCAGUUGAGGCGCCAGUGGCUGUGCCCAUCCCCCAGGAUAGUGACCUUCUGAGGGUGACAGAAGCUGAUGGCGGGAAGACAAACGGCUUCAGAAAGCACACAAGGGUCAGCGAGCUGGCUGGCCCCCCUGCUGUUGCAUUGAAUCCAAUGCUUGGUGCAGGACACCACAAACUGCAUGAAAGGACAGUUGGUCUCUUGGAGCAUCUUCUGGACGGAUCUGCAAAGCCUGACUCGGAGGUGGUACCAAGCGUCAUUCAACUUCUACAGGAAUGCCGCACAAACUCUGUGGUGCUUACUGUGGACCUAGUUGGGUUGACAGCGGCGUACUGUGCGAAGCUGCAGGACUGGACAGGCCUCCGUGAGCUCCUGGCGUCCUGUCCCCUUCGCUCGCUGUCGGAGUGCUGCAGCCUUCCGACAACUACUGCUGCGGCUCACCAGUACGGGCUGCUCAAGCUCCUGCUUGGACACGUGGACCAUUUUCCCAACGGAGAGAUGGCCCCCCUGCUGACUCACCUGCUGUCCUCUGCGUCCGACGACAAGGCCGUGGAAUCGCAGUUCUACAACUACGAGCGGAUACGCUUGUCUGCAGAGGCGGCCGUGCACUGCGCCGAAGAGGCCACUGGCGAUGGCUUCCCUGCCACGCUGCAAGACGCCCAGACGCGUGUGCUUGGGGUGGAGGGCUUCUCGCCUCUGGAAGUUACCUUGCACCCGUUGCUCUGCGUGCCUUUGGACACAACCGAGCUGGCAGAUGCACUUUCCGAGCUGUCGAAUGCCCAUGCGGGUAUGAUGCUGAACUACCUGGAGAGGUGGCUCCACAAGCUGGUGGGCUUGAGGCGAAGUGAUGCAUCUCUUGCGAGGCAGUCGAAGGAGUCCGGUUUUCCGAACCUGUGGCAGGUCGCAGAGUGGGCUAGUUGUUUGCUGUCAGUGCAACUUCCCCAGAUGUCGCAGCACACCAACCAACUGAAGGUUGUUCAGCGCAUGAGGCAACACGUGGCGGAUUUGCUGAAGCACUGUCGCUCUUUGACUAGCUUGAGGGGUGUAGUAGAAAAUCUGCUCUUCAAGUCGUCGAUCCCCCUGCCAGAUGACCCGUUGGCAUCCAAAUAUUGUAUAGAGUUGAUCGACCUCCGUGUUUCUGAACCUUAG